UUUUUCAUAUCAUCCCUCCCCCUACCUUUUAUACCUAUGCUCUAUUUAAAUUGUGCUCCAAUGCUUAAUAUCUUUUUAGCCACCCCAAAUUCACCUUGGCCCAAUUAGAGUAGCGGUUUGACCGGUGAGAAUCACUGAAAAUAUCAAACUCAGGCUAACAUCAGCGGUGGCGCCGGUGUUUAAAUACUCCUCUUUCUUUUUCUGCAUACCACAUACCACAUCCCACCUCGCCAAUCCCGCCCUAGGCAUCUAAAUCCUCACCUGCAGAUCGGAAUUAUCUCUGGACCCCCCGGUCGUAUAUCCGAGCUCACUCUCAAGGGCUGUUGCCAUAGGUGAAGAUAAUAUUCGCUCAACAUGGGUUCCGAAGCCUCGCCUAGUACUGCGUCACAGGCGCAUGCAAAUGAUGAAAAAGCGAGCCUGCGGUCCUCAGCACACACGCCUGUCUCACCACCCCGUCCAUCUCGCGAUUCCUUCCAAAACGCUACCAGCACAGGAGUAGAAGCCAUGAACGAUAGCAGUGAACAGCCCAUUGCCCGCCAUCCGUCUGCAGUGACUGCGACAGAUGUCGAGGCUCAAACUGGGAACGCACGGUAUAGGGGCAGUGAUCCCUACAAUCUUUCUUCGGCUCUAAAGACAGCCGAGCAGCUCGACGAGAUCAAGGCGAACACUGCUCGUAAGCGCACAACCCGAGACGACUCCAAUCCCAGCAAGAUAGCAUCCACCUUUCGUGCGCGAAAGAUUCAAACGUUUUAUCACAAGCAGAAUGAUACGAUCAAGCAGAUGCUCAAAUCGGUUGAGGAGCAUGAAGCCGAGGCUCAGCGUGAGGCUGGUGAAGAUCAUUUGCGAUUUCAGAUCGCCCAGAAAGGCUCCUUUGCGGCAAACGUUAUUCUAUCUAUCUUACAAAUCUACGGUGCUGUAUCGUCGAGUUCCCUUUCGCUCUUCACCACCAUGGCUGACGCCAUCUUCGACCCGCUAAGCAAUGCGACUCUGAUUCUUACUCAACAUGCCAUGAAGCGUGUCGAUCCCAGCCGCUUCCCAUCCGGCAAGGCACGCCUAGAAACAGUCGGCAACAUUACAUUUUGCUUCAUGAUGACAGCCGUGUCUGCCAUCUUGAUUGCCUUUUCGUGCCAGGACAUCGCAACCCGCGUUGGCACGGGUGCUGAAGUUAACAACUUCCACUUACCCUCAGUGCUCGCGGUUUGCAUUGCUUUUGCAACAAAACUUGCUUUAUUUUUCUACUGUUGGGGCAUCAAGGACAAGUAUAGUCAGGUGAAUAUUUUAUGGCAAGAUCAUCGUAAUGACCUACUUAUCAACGGCUUUGGUGUGUUGACAUCCGUUGGUGGCUCUAAGCUCGUCUGGUGGAUCGAUCCCAUGGGCGCUAUCAUUAUAUCGGUUAUCAUCAGUGGUGCUUGGCUACACCAAGCAUUCACCGAAUUCAUGACCUUAGUCGGCAAAGCGGCCGAUAUCGACAUACAACAGUUGAUCACGUACAUUUGCGUCACGUACUCGGACUCUAUCCAGAGCAUUGACACUGUCCGAGUGUAUCACUCUGGUCCUAGGUUAAUCGCCGAGGUCGAUAUCGUCAUGCAUCCCGACGAGCCCCUUAGAAACACCCACGACGUUUCGGAGGGACUGCAAAUCGAACUAGAGAAAUUGCCUAACAUCGAGCGAGCUUAUGUCCACACGGACUACGAGACUACACAUAAGCCUGAGCAUGGCCCCCGAAAAGACCUAUAAUUGCGCCUAGGUUUCUGGUGUAACGGGAUCCUUAUUGGGAUACGCGGUAUUGGGUAUGUUAGAGAGAUAAACGGGUGGGUGAGGUUUUAGGUAUUCUAUGGGCGGCGGUGAAAACGUGCGAAGCAUAGCGACGAAAAGCGUAGAUUUUCCGAGACAUAUUUGCGGGUGCAUUCUAGACAGUCACUUCCGGUAUCAGAAAAGUUAAUGUAUUGCCUUUUAAUGAAUCUGUCAAGGUUAAUUGACCGAGAUUCUCAAUACUUCGAUAUU